AUGGAGCUGUCUGUUCGCAGCCGGAUGAGAGUUUUGGAGACCGUGACUGUGUCCAAGCUGCAAGAGGCCACAGAGGAGGGUCUCAAGCAGCUGGGCCAUCGAAGCCUGGAGCGGCUGAUCCACGGACUCGACAAUAUGACAUGGAAAACGGCCCUCACCGGCCACCUGCCUCAGGUCUGCGCCAUGGAGGCCCUGUUGCUGUGUCUCCUGCACGUCUGCACCAACGGCCUGUUGCCACACAAGAUGCUUGAGAAGGCGUUGCUUGCUUGCCACUCAGCGUCGAACUUCGACAUGAACAAGCCUGCCAAUGCCACGGGCCCGAAUUGGAAGGAAACUUGCAUCAAGUAUUUGCUCAUGAGGCUGCGAAUGAUCACAGCCAAGAUCCGAGAGCUUGCUGGGAACAAGCGUCUGCGGGAGCAGGUUUUCAAAAAAACCUCGCAGCAGCAACAGCAAAGUCUGAUGAAGCUUUGCCGGGUAAUCAACCCGGAACUGCAAGAAUGCCAGUCCACCGAGCAAACCUUGGCGGUUCAGGAUGGCCAAACAUCCGACGAAGAAAGGGCCAUCGAGGCCAACUUCAAGCUCUUGACUGCCGAAACACCUGAGAGGGUCCCAGCCACAGUGUCCUCUGCUAGCAGCUCUGCGAAGAAGCCCAGCAGCGACUUUCUCUCAGAAGCAACGAAGCGUGCCCUGCAAGCAGCCAUGGCGACCAGCCCGGCGAAGCCUCUCAGCAAGAAGGCCAGGAUGGAGGCAGCCCGAGAGCCUGAGGCAGCAGAGGAGGCUGAGGCUGAGGCUGAGGAGCCCCCGGUUCUCAAGAAACCAGCCUGCCGGAAACACUUCAAGAAGCCGGAUGCAGCCAAGCAAGAAGAGUUGUUUGCCGACGGCUUCCCUUUGGAGCACUACGGGUGCUCCAGGUGCAGAAAGAAGCCCCACGGCUGUUCUCAGUGCAAGGCGUGGGCAGUGGAGGGACGCAAGGGAUACUUUAUCACAUCCACUGGCAAGGCAAAACCCUCACAGCAGAAGACUGUGAAGAGCGGCCAAGAGAAGAACCAGAAGCUUGACACUGCUAGCGAGUCAGAGGCGGAAGCCAGCAACUCAGCAGCAGGGCCAACUGUGGAAGUCUUGGACAGCCCGGAGAAACCGCAGGGGCUCUUGAAGGAACGGAUCCAAGCAGAGGACACACUCUGGCUGCUGGGCCACUUCGGGGCCAAGGCGCAAAAGUUCUUGUCCAAGCACCCUGAGAAGAAAGAGUUCUUCAAGGAAGCCUUGGAAAGAGCCAGUCUGUACGAAAAGAAGGCCAAACACAUCUUGAAGAGGAACCUCUUCAACUUGAGGGCGGACAGCAGUUUCGACCACUCUGCAGCCCGAUGGCAUGCUGUGCAGCUCUCUGUUCUCUGCACCCAACACACCCGUGCUCUGAAAACUGAGUAG